UAUUCCAGUGUUAAACCGGUGCAGGAUUACUCUGAUAGUUUUCCCUGUAGGCUGUUCACUCCUGCAUGUGUGCUUUAAUGGCACUGUUUACAGACCUGCUGUCUCGUCUGCUUACUUAGUUAACUUUUGCUUUUUCAGUCGUUUGCUUUCUAACUCGAGUCUAAUCGGCACUAUUCGGUUUCACAUCGGGUGAUUAAUCAGCACAGAUCUUUCUGUAGAGACGCUUAUUGAGAAGCAGUGGUGGAGCUCCGGAUCUCUCCUGAUGGAUUUACACGCUGUGUGCUGCUCUCUGCUUCUGCUGUCAUGUACAGGAGUAUGUUUUGGCCAAGAGCUGUUAUUACCUGAGAUAAUAAAUACAGCAGUUGGGGAGAAUGUGGUGAUUACUCCAAUCCGUAUUCCUGAUCCCCCACAUGCCUUCAUCAUAUGGAGGUGUAAUGAGACUUUCAUUGUUAUUGGAUCUGCAAGUGGAAUUAUAAUACAGCCACCUUACACUCACAGAGUCAUUCUGGACCCCACCACUUUAGCUCUGGAGCUCAGGAGCCUGACUGAGAGUGAUACUGGACGAUAUUCUCUGAUUGUAGCCACUCUUACAACUCCAUUCAAAGGUGAAACCUCACUGCAGGUGUUUGGGCCACCCUCCAAUGUUAUCAUAGUACCAAGUAAAACAGAGCUGGUUGAAUUCAGAAGCACUGUGAGUCUCGUCUGCUCUGCAUCUGGCUCCUCUCUUACAUUUAUUUGGCUGAAUGGCAGCUCUGAGGUAACAGCAGGGGAGCGAGUUCAGCUAACAGACAACAACAGCAGUCUGACCAUUACUAGUGUGAUCAGAUAUGACACAGGCCCAUACCAAUGUGAAGCAUCCAACAUCAUCAACAAAGCAAUGAGUCCUCCAUUGAAGCUCACCAUUUACUAUGUUCCAGAAAAUGUUGCUGUUGAAGCAGAUCCAGUGGAACCCUUCUACAGCUCUGGGUCUAACCUCAUACUGACCUGCUCGGCUGAGUCCAACCCUGCUGCUGAGUUUCAGUGGGCUGUGAAUGGAACAGAGCUUGGUGAAAUGGGCCAAGAGCUCAGACUGAGCAACAUUCAGAGCAGUCAGAGUGGCAAUUACACCUGCAUGGCCCAUAACAAUCAGAGCCUGAACUACUCCAAGUCUGAACCCAUCAGCGUCACUGUACUAGAAACAAUAUCUGGAGCAGCACUUACUGGACCAACAGAUGAUCUAAUAGAAGAUGUUUCCUCUGCUACAUUAACCUGUAAUGUGAGUGGAACCAUCUACAGUGCUGAAUGGAUGAAAGAUAAUAGGAAACUGUCAGCUAGCGGCAACAUCACAUUCUCGAAUGAUAGCAGAUCAGUGAUGAUCAGUCCGGUGAGGAGAAGAGACAGUGGUGAAUAUAAGUGUACAUUCAGCAACCCCAUCAGCUCUGACACUGCAACAUACAGAAUGACUGUUAAUUUUGGACCAGAUAAUGUGAAAAUUGAUGGACCUUUUGCAGUGGAGGAAGGAAAUAAAUUGACACUGUCUUGCCGUACUGAAUCUACACCAAAUGCCUCGUACAAAUGGAUGUUUAAUGGGACUUUACCUGAAGUGAAUACAGCUGUAUUUACUGUGGAACAGGUCACCUUUAUGCACACUGGAAAUUACACCUGCAUGGCCUCCAAUCCUGUAACCGGACGUAAUGCCUCUGCAUCCCAUGUUUUGGAAGUAAAAGACCCCGCCUACUGCAUGCGUCACGUUCCGGCUUGCUACUGGACGAUCACAUCUUGUUCCCGCCUGCUCCAGCCUUGUGCGAUAGGAUUGGUUGCCUGCAUGCUUCCGGAAGUGUACUUAAGCCUCGUCAGUCUCCAUCCCAGGGUAGAUCAGUGCCGUUGCGUUGUGUAUAGAGACAAGUUCUUUUCGUCGGUGUAUGACUUUAUGCCUGUUUUGACUUUGUUUAUGCUCUGCCCCGUUAUGAUUCAUGUGAUACCCUUGUGUAUAUAUGUACAUAUUACUUUUGUUAAUUAACACACUAAUAGUCACCUUUGUAAAUAGUCACAGUUAGGAGUGGUUAGUAGGAAGUCAGCACCAUUUGUGUUGAUUCAUCUUUUCUCCUGGUUUUGGCUAGCUAGGGAGUGAGGGAAGAUGGUGUAUUUUUGUUUUCUUUUCUUGUAGUGUAGUUAGUUUUCUUUGGUAAGUUAGAGGGUAUUUUUGUUUAUUAUUUUGGCCUGGCCAGCUUCUGAAGUUUAAGACAACUGUGUAUAUAAAAGGUGCUCCGAGAAUAAAAACAAAACAAACGCAAUCUUGUUCUCGCCAACCCUUUUCUUUUUUUUCUUUUUGUAUGUUGCGGCCCGACCUAGACCGGUUCGUAACACCAUCUGAACCAAAUAAGUUUAUCUUGGUCUCAUCAGGCCACAGGACAUGGUUCCAGUAAUCCAUGUCCUUAGUCUGCUUGUCUUCAGGAAAUUGUUUGCGGGCUUUCUUGCGCGUCAUCUUUAGAAGAGGGUUCCUUCUGGGACAACAGCCAUGCAGACCAAUUUGAUGCAGUGUGCCGUAUAUGGUAUGAGCACUGACAGGCUGACCCCCACCCCUUCAACCUCUGCAGCAAUGCUGGCAGCACUCAUACAUCUAUUUCCCAAACACAACCUCUGGAUAUGACGCUGAGCACGUGCACUCAACUUCUUUGGUCGACCAUGGCGAGGCCUAUCCUGAGUGGAACCUGUCCUGUUAAACCACUGUAUGGUCUUGGCCACCGUGCUGCAGCUCAGUGUCAGGGUCUUGGCAAUUUUCUUAUAGCCUAGGCCAUCUUUAUGUAGAGCAACAAUUCUUUUUUUCAGAUCCUCAGAGAGUUCUUUGCCAUGAGGUGCCAUGUUGAACUUCCAGUUACCAGUAUAAGGGAGUGUGAGAGCGAUGACACCAAAUUUAACACACCCGCUCCCCAUUCACACCUGAGACCUUGUAACACUAACAAGUCACAUGACACCGGGGAGGGAAAAUUGGGCCAAAUUUGAACACUUUCACUUAGGGGUGUACUCACUUUUGUUGCCAGC